CUGGGCUUGGGGCGGGGAGGUUCUGGCUGUCUCCUGGGUCAAGCUGGACAGCCCAAGAGGACCUAGCCCUGGAACUGCUUGUCAGGAUGGUGGAGCCCUGGCGGCAGGCAAGCAAGGGUUAAAAGGCCAGACUCCUGACUGUGGCCCGCGGGCCUCUAAGAAGGCUUUGUAAGUCCUCUCUGCUCCCCAUUUGCUGUGUUCCCACUCAAUGGGAAGGGAACCAAGGCCUGGUCCAGCCAUCAGCUCCAGCCACUUGCAAGCACCAGGAUGGAAGUCAAAGGUCAGCUGAUCAGCUCUCCCACCUUCAAUGCCCCAGCCACCCUGUUUGGAGAUGCCGUACCCCAGGUGAAGUCAGAGAGGCUGCGGGGGCUGCUCGACCGGCAGCGGGCCCUGCAGGAGGCCCUGAGCCUGAAACUACAGGAGCUCCGCAAAGUGUGUCUCCAGGAAGCGGAGCUGACUGGCCAGCUGCCCCCUGAAUGCCCACUGGAGCCUGGUGAGCGACCCCAGCUGGUCCGCAGGCGGCCACCAGCAGCUCGAGCAUACCCUCCCCCGCAUCCCAACACAGCACACCACUCCUUGUGCCCUGCUGAGGAGCUGGCUCUUGAGGCACUGGAGCGCGAGGUGUCCGUGCAGCAGCAGAUUGCAGCCGCGGCCCGCCGCCUGGCGUUGGCCCCAGAACUGAGUGCUGAGCAGCGGCGGCGGCGGCGGCAGGUCCAGGCAGAUGCUUUGCGGAGGCUACAUGAGCUAGAGGAGCAGCUUGGGGACUUCCGGGCCCGCCUCGGUCUCCCAGUGCUGCCGCCACCACCCCAGCCACUACCCCUGGCCACUGGGGGAGGCAUCGCCUCAGGGGUCUGCCUGGGGACACGCCUUGCUCAGCUCAGCCAAGAGGACGUAGUUCUGCACUCGGAGAGCAGCUCCCUCUCAGAGUCCGGGGCCAGCCAUGAUAAUGAAGAGCCCCGUGGCUGCUUCCCUGUGGCUGAGCGCCCCUCACCACCCAAGGCCUGGGACCAGCUGCGAGCAGUAUCUGGGGGCAGCCCUGAGCGCCGAGCCCCAUGGAAACCACCCCCGCCAGAUCUUUAUGGUGAUCUGAAGAGCCGGCGGAACUCUGUGGCCAGCCCCACCAGCCCCACGCGCUCGCUGCCUCGGAGUGCCUCCAGUUUUGAAGGGCGAAGUGUGCCUGCUACCCCAGUCCUCACCCGGGGCGCAGGCCCCCAGCUCUGCAAACCUGAAGGCCUCCAUUCUCGCCAGUGGUCUGGCAGCCAGGACUCCCAGAUGGGCUUCCCUCGGGUGGACCCUGCCUCGGACCGCGCCUCACUUUUCGCAGCUCGGACUCGUCGCAGCAACAGCUCUGAAGCCCUGCUGGUGGACCGGGCCGCUGCGGGAGGAGCUGGCUCCCCACCUGCGCCUCUGGCGCCCCCUGCUGCUGGCCCCCCGGUCUGCAAGAGCAGUGAGGUGCUGUAUGAGCGCCCCCAACCAAUCCCUGCCUUCUCGUCCCGCACAGCUGGUCCCCUGGACCCUCCCCGGGCAGCCCGGCCUAGCUCUGCUGCCCCCGCCUCCCGCGGGGUCUCCCGGCUCCCCCCUGUGUGUGGGGACUUCCUCUUGGACUAUGCCCUGGAGCGGGGCCUGCCCAGGGGUGCCAGUGGUGGCGCUGGUGGCGCUGCUGGCUGGGGGGAGUUGCUGCCUGCAAGUGAGGUCCCGGGACCCCUCUCCCGCCGGGAUGGGUUCCUUGCCAUGCUCCCAGGCCCCCCACCAGUAUAUGCUGCUGAUAGCAGCAGCCCCGUCCUCCGCAGCAAGGACCCCCACUCCCGGGCCCCCCGCCCCAAGCCCUGCGGGCUGCCCCUGGAGACUGCUGAGGCUCUCGAGGUACACCCCAACUCUCUGCUAUGGAUGGCCCCCCACACCCGCAUCCCCCCAGCUGCUGAGCGCAGUGGCCACAAGAACCUUGCCCUGGAGGGGCUGCGGGACUGGUACAUCCGGAACUCGGGCCUGGCCGUAGGGCCCCAGCGCCGUCCUGUGCUCCCCCACAUGGGCUCACAGCACCCACCAUUCCUCCACGCCCGCUGCUAUGAGGUGGGCCCGGCGCUGUAUGGGGCCCCCAGCCAGGCACCGCUUCCGCACUCAAGGAGUUUCACAGCGCCCCCUGUCUCUGGCAGAUACUACGCGGACUUCUUGUAUCCCCCGGAGUUGAGCGCUCGUUUAAGUGAUCUGACGCUAGAGGGGGAGCAGUCCGCCAGUUCUGACCCCCAGACCCCGGGAACGCUGGUCUGACUCCUUUGGCUCAGCCUCUCCUGCUCCUGACCCUGAGCUCAGUCCGAGGAACACAACUGACCUCGCCGAGCACUGGGGAGGGUGGUUGGUAGCUCUCAGUCUUCACGGGGGUGCCAAGCUGAUCUUCCAGGCCCUGGCCACAUUGGGCCUAUGAAGGAGGACCCUGUUUCUGACAUCCUGAUUCUCCUCACUCAGUGUGCUGGGGACAGGCGACACUCGACCCCUUGAAAAGUGGGUGGGGGGUGAUGUCUUGGGGAUGCCAAGCCCCUCCUUCCAUUUCUGUUUACAGUUGUGAUUUAGAUAUUCACUGUCUUUCCCACACACACCCCAACGCUAGAAGUUUUAUAAAAGGGAAACUGUGAAUUUUUGCUAGUUGGGUUCAUUCCUAUUCCCCGUCCCAGCCUUUUCUGUUCAGGAUUCUCCCCACCCUGAAAUGGACCACAUAGGACCCCUCUUCCCUGGGGCCCGGGCAAGGGCAGCCAAGACACUGGUGCACAGAACUUCCUGCCACCCCUGCCCCCUGCCAGGCCAGUUUUUAGAGAGGUGAUCUCUCUGUCAACAGGUGGAAAAAUUGAAGUUGGGGUGGGGGCUCAUUUCCCCCACCCUGUCCCUGUUUGCGCCCACUGCCUUUGCCCACAGGGUGACAGGGUGAAAUGGUCUAGCCUUUAGUGGCUACCUCCACCCUGACCUUCCACAAUUAGAAGGACCAAAGGGCAGAGCCAUGGACUGUGCCCUCCUGAGACACUGGCGGUGGAACCUGGUGUCCUGUAGGUUCCAGUAAGCCUCAGGUGAUGUGUGCCCACAUGCCAUGUCCCAACUUCCUCGGCUUUCCUUCCAGCCACCACUUUUUUUCAAGAAAUCCACAUGGGCUGUGAUUUCUAUGAUAACCUGUCUGUGACUUUCUGGACCUGGGGGUCCUCCUCCCCCCUCUCCCUGGUGUUCAACUUUUCUUUUUUGUACCAAUGGGGGGCCCAGAACACUGCUCACACUGGAGGGAAUUUCUAUAAUAAAUGUGUAAACUGAA